ACAGACGCGGAUUAGGGAUCAACUGUUCGUUCGCGCACUGGAUUAUCAACUUUUGAAUCUGGCAUCCCUCUGAAUUCCACGGUUUAUUCGAAUCCUUCGCGGAGUACUUGUAAAUAGCUGUCAUUUACACGACUGACGGAAUCCCAAUGGCAUCCAAUAAUAUGUACAGAGUCGGGGAUUUCGUUUAUUUUGAAUCAUCAGCCACUGCUCCAUAUCAAAUCCGUCGAAUAGAUGAACUUAAUAAAACUCCUACUGGUGCUGUUGAAGCUAAAGUUGCCUGUUACUACCGUAGACGUGAUGUAUCCAGUGCUUUGAUUAACCAGGCAGAGAAAUAUUAUGGCAGUGAUGAUGAUUAUGAUGAAGAAUGUACAAAUGAAAUAGUCAAUUCAAAUAAUAAUGAUAAUAACUCCAAAGAAGGCUUAAAACGCUCUAAUACUGUAAUCACCGAACAACAAAAGCAUCAGUUAAAACAUCGAGAAUUGUUUCUUUCACGACAAGUUGAAUGUCUACCAGCUACGCAUAUUAGGGGCAAAUGCUCGGUUACACUACACAAUGAUGCAGAACCAUUGACAAAUUACCUAGCCAGAGAUGAGGCAUUUUAUUAUAAACUUAUAUAUGAUCCUAAUUUAAAGACUCUUCAAGAAGAUAGAGGUUCAAUGAGAAUUGGAUCAGAUUAUCAGUCUGAGAUACAAUGCUUACUAAAAUCAAAAUCAGAAGAUGUACGAUUGACUGAAGUACAUGAGGAGUUAGUUUGGUCCCCUUCCCAUUCAUUAACAGUUCAAGAGAUCGAUAUGUUUUGUUUAUUAGCCAAAGCCGUUGGCACAUACGGUCGUGCACAUGAUACUUCAUCAUCUACUAGACAACCACUUCUACUGAGUGCUACAGCUUCAGCUGCACGUGAUAUAACUCGUCAACAUGCGCAUGAUAUACUUCAUGAAGCCAACUACGACUUGAAUAAAGCCAUAAAUCUUCUAUUACCUGGUGGUCAACCUAUUAUUUAUCGUGAUCAAUUAGAAGAUUGGUCUGCAAAUGAAACAAAUAUAUUUGAAGAAGCAUUAGAUAAAUAUUCGAAAGUAUUCACAGAUAUACUUUCUAAUUGCUUACCAUGGAAAACUCAUAAAUCAAUAGUUGAACUUUAUUAUUUUUGGAAAACUACAGAUCGUUAUGUUAGACAACGUCGAACUAAAUUAGCUGCUCAGGAACAUAAAUUAAAACAAGUUUAUAUUCCAAAUUAUAAUAAACCUAAUCCAGCUGUAUUAUAUCAUAAUACGGAUAAAACAAUUAAUCGACCAUGUGAAGGAUGUGAAUCAUUAAAUUCCCCUCAAUGGUAUGCAUGGGGUCCAUCGAAUGCUAACUCUCGUCUAUGUACUGAUUGUUGGUCUUAUUGGAAACGUUAUGGUGGUUUGAAAAGUAUCGAAUCUAAAGAGCGUCCUACUACAACCUUACGCACUCAGCAACAGUUAAACAAUUCAACAGUUGAAACUAAUUCAAAAUCUGGUGGUCCUAUUAACAUUACCGGAUCAGUGAAUCAUCAAUUCAAAUCUCAUUCUAUUGGCUUAUCAAGUGGAGCUUUAGAUGGUGGUGACAUUGAUACAUAUACAAAUGACCAUCAUCAUAAUAAUACGUCUGCUACAAACAUGACUAAUAAUGCUAAUCUUUCCGCUGCUAAUAGUAAAUUAAUUGAUGGAUCUGGAUUCUUCGGUACUUUAAUCGGUACCCCAAGAGGAACGCAAUGCUUUAGAACUCCGUCCAUUAUACGUCUAGCACGCAUACUUUGUCCAAAUCUUGUUCAACCUCUACGUUUAGCUCGACAUCCUGGUGGAGUACCAGAAAUUUUCUCAUCUAAGCAACAAGUCCAACAUGAAAGCGAAUGCAAUGAAUCUAAUCUAACAGGGAUGGAUAAUUUGUCUGAAUCUAAUAUGAUGUUGAUGUACGCAACACUGAAGGCUGCUGCCCAGCCGAUAAUAGCACGUAUACACGAUCCAUCAAUUUUAUUGACUCGACCACGGAGAGCACGACGCUUAAAUGAUGUGAUUGAUUCAAUGGCUUCACGUAAAGGUAUUGUGUUUCAGCCAUUAGAUCUAUCAUCAACUUUAAAGUUAUCAGUUGCAAAUGGUCCUGUCUACGAUCGUAAACGUCCUCAUUCACCUGUCUCUAUAAAUGCACCAUCUUCAAAAAAAUUACAUGAAACUGACGAUAAAGUAAAUAAGAGUAAAAACUCGUCAAUGUUGACAGAAAAUACCACAAGUGAAAAAUGCUUAACUAAUGGAAAGAGUACGGCAUCUGUUAUGGGCACUAGUCCGUUUAUUACUAAGUCCGAUUGUUCUUUUUCAUCCGCCUCCACUGCUGUUUCAUCCAGGCCAAAAAAAACAGCAUUAACAACUGAUCCUAGUUUAAUUAAUCAGAAUUUAAUUUUAACUAGUAAUGGAAUUUCUACUGAUGACAGAACAACAAUCAUAUCGAAAUUUGAAUCGGAGCUAAUUCAGUAACUCCACCAGGGUCAAAGAAUGUAUCCGAAUCAAAUUUACUUAACUAAUCGACAGUUCCCUGUCAAACCAAUGUAAACUUGUGUGUUGCUCUUUCUUCCUAUCCCCUCUCCAACUCCACUUCUUUUUAUGGCCACUUCUCUUUGAGAAGAGUUGUUUGGCGUAACCGAUACUCUCUUAUGCACUUGUGUUUUGUUUUCUUUUUCCGUGUUAUCAGUGUUAUUAAUAAUAACUAGCCACGUCUAAAAUGAUGAAUGGUAAAAAAGGUACUAAUCUCCUAUUUUUCCUAAUGCCUUUUGUCUUCUCAUUUGUAUUUGUGAAUCUUUAUAGUCUUAAUUUUGUGGACUGAGGUUCUGUAUUUUUAUGUUAUUAUUAUUGUUAUUAUUAUCACACUAUCAUUAUUGUUAUUAUAUUAUUAUUACUAUAUUCACUGUUUCGUAAUUUCACUUCCCUAAAACACUACAUGCUUUUGUAUUGAUAAAAAGUUAUUCAUACACUUCGCCGUACCCAUGACUUUAUUCCAACAAAUGCUUUUUUGUGCGCGAGUGAAUGAUUUACCAGCUAUUAAUAUUGAAUGCCUGUCCUUGAUACGUUUUUUGUAUGCCAACUAUGAUAUUAAAGAGUUGUAAUUGUAGUCUAUUUUAUCUGACAGUUUCUUUGUCUUAAAUAAACUACUAAUUGUUAAUAUUUUUUUUCAAGAAAGUGAAAUUUUACCACGCAGAACUAAACGAAAAUUUCCACACACACACCUUACAAUUUUUUUAUGCUUAGUGUUGACAAUUCACUAAAUUUUGUAAACAGACGUUGUGUACUAUGGAAUGUUGUAGUGAUUUUAAACCGUUUGUCUCAAUUGGGAAUGAAUAUCUUCAUUUGUCCAUUGUAUCUAAGCAUUUCACUUACGCACAUCCACCUUUAUUGCACUGUAUUGUGUUUUUUUUUUCAAAUACAGGCUUAUCCUAUAGAUAUUUCUUUCUAAUAGCCCAUAUUUCAAGUGAUACUUUAUUGU